AUGUCAAAUAAUAGACAUCAACAUUUUAAAGUAUUAUCACAUCAUUCACUUAACAGUGAGAAUAAAAUAUAAUUUGAUUUUGUAAAAAUUGAAAAUAUUCCUUUGCAAAAUACGCUCAAUUCUCAAAAUGAAUUAAAGUGUAAAUAUAUAGAACAAAGUCAUUUAAAAAUGAAAAAUGAACCUAUGGAGUUUAUAGCUUCCCUCAAUGAGAAUAGUACUUAUACUGAUGAUAUAAAAUCAGUCCCAACUACUAAUGUAAUUAAUACAGAGGAUAUGAAAGGUAACAAUUUUCCUAUUAAAGUAAAAAAGGCUUUUGUAUUUGAGAAAAACAUUUUUACUCAAAUUAAGGAUAAAUCUUAUAAUUUAGAAACUAAGAAUAAAAAUUUAAAUGAUGAAAAUAAUGAUCCUGAAAUUAAAUGUAUAUCAUCAACUAAUCAAAGUAAAAUUAAAAUUAAUAGUUUAGAUAUUUUAAAUAAACAAGUUAAAACAUGUAGUCAAUGUUCAAUGACAUUUAGAUACAAAAGACAUUUAGAUCGGCAUUUGGAAGGUCAUCAAAAAAAUAAUUGUUUUCAUUGCAAUGCAAAAUUUGCUAGACGCAAACACCUUGAAAUACAUUUAUUUCGCUCACAUGGUGAGAGAGUAACAAAAUACCCACACUCUUGUGAUGUAUGUUCUCGUAGUUUUCCUAAACGUAUUUUAUUAAAUCGUCAUCGUGCAAAGCAUAAUUAUGAAAAUGGCAAAGUUUGUUCGGAUUGUGGAGAAAUGUUAAAAGCAGAAGAAGAUGAUAAGCAACAUAAAGAAAAUCAUUGUACAAAACAACAAUUUAAAUGUAAAAGAUGUUUACAAACAUUUAGUAUUGAACAAACAUAUCUAACUCAUAUCCAGAAUCAUGAUAAUCAUAAAUGUUCAAAAUGUGAUGUCACUUUUGCAUCAAAAAAAAAAGUUCAUGAACAUUACAGAAUGGCACAUUCUUCAAAAUUGAAUCAUAAUAAAAUAUCAAAUAAUGGUAUUUAUUUUUGUGCUGACUGCAGACAUACUUUUAUAAAAAAGGAUGAUUAUUCACGUCAUUUAGAUUCUACUUCGCAUCUUAAUAAAGUAAACAGGGAGGUACCUUUAAGAGACAUUUUUACAUGCCCAAUUUGUUCUAAGAAAUUAAUUUCACAAAGAGCUCUUGACCAACAUGUUAGACGUAUACAUAAAAGAGAGAAAAGAUUUACAUGUAAUAUAUAUGGUUGCACAUUUCAAUGUGCAAGAAAAUCGGAUUUAGAUAGGCAUAAACAGUUACAUGUAGAACAAAGGAACAUUAUUUGUGAACAAUGCGGUAAAACUUUUACUAGUGUUAGUAUCCUUAAUGAUCAUGUUCUUUAUAUACACAAUAAAGAAAGACAAUUCAUAUGUGAAGAAUGCGGUAAAGCAUUUAAACGAAAUAGUUUACUGAAAAGACAUAAAUUAUCUCAUCAACAAUAUCGACCAUUUGCUUGUAUGCAAUGUACUACUGCUUUUAAGAGAUCUCAUCAUCUUACUCGUCAUAUGGAAACUUGUCAUAGAAUUACACUUGAAAAGAAAAAAAAGGUUGUAAAACUCAUGAAAACAGAAGAUGGUCACCUUGUUCCAAUACCAGAAAAACCAAAAAAACUUAAACCCAAAAAAUUAAAAAUUAAAGGUGCAUCUAAUACAAUCAUGACAUCAGGUGACAAAACUCCACUUUUUCAAAAUAUAGACAUUAUUAAUAAACACUUUGAUUCAAGUUUGGAAAUACAAGCACUGCCUAAUUCUGCUAAUCUAUGUGAAAAUCUGACAUUGUCAUUAGAACUUACAAAUUUAUUGCCUAAUGCAGAUUCUACCCCUCAAGUUCUUUCAUUAGUAGAUAUUAAUGCAGAACAAAUUGUCACUGUAGAAGUUACUAGUCCAAAGAUAUUAACUAUGAAUGAUCUUAUAGAUCAAUUUGAAGCAAAUUGCAAUGAAAUAUUGAAUCUAACAAAUUAUCAAGAUUUAGAAUUUCAAAAUGGUAUUUUAAGUAUGGAUCAAAGUUUGUAUGAUCAUACAAAUUAUUCAGAAUUAUCAUUUGGCACUGUUGAAGGAACAUCACUUUUUGUGGAUUCAAACAUUAACAAAGUAGAUACUUUACCAAUAGAAAAUUAUUUAAAUCAACCAUUUCCACCAUUUUUAAAUCUUUAA